AUGAAAAAAUUCAUAAAAUUAUUCACAAAAGAUGAAAUAUUCGGCAAAGUGAAAUGUUACAUGGACAGUGUGGAGUGGCAGAAGCAGGGUUUACCUCACUGUCAUUUGCUGUUUUGGCUAGAAAGAAAAAUACAGCCAGACGAAAUUGAUAGUGUCAUAGUUGCAGAACUGCCCAACAAACAAAACGACCCGAUAUUGUACGAUAUCGUGACUAAAAAUAUGGUGCACGGUCCAUGCGGAGAGCAUAACUUAACAGCACCAUGUAUGAAAAACGGUAUCUGCACAAAAAAGUACCCGCGACGUUUCGUAAACGAUACCCAAACCGGAGAGGACGGAUAUCCAGUUUAUCGUCGUUGUGACGCCGAAAAUGGAGGCCAGAGCAAUACGUUAAAUAUCAGAGAAAGUACUUUCAACAUUGAUAAUAGGUGGAUUGUCCCUUAUUCUCCAUUAUUGUGUAGGACGUUUAACGCGCACAUAAAUGUCGAGUACUGCCACUCAGUUCAGGCCAUCAAAUACAUUUGUAAAUAUAUAAAUAAAGGAUCUGACCAAGCUAAUUUUAGUGUCAAAAACCCAAACGAUGAGGUGGAAAACUAUGUAAAUGGCCGGUAUUAA